CACUUCGCUUUAUAUACCCAACCCCGACGCCUCCCUUCUGCUGCGUCCACUCCCUUUCGAUCUCUCGGACGAAGCCCAGAAUGGCCGGGUGCAGCACCUCCGCAGCUCUGGGAGUUCUCCUCCUCUUCUGUUGCUCGACAUGGGCCGCGGCCACCGACUACACCGUGGGAGAUUCCACGGGUUGGACCAGCGGGUUCGAUUACUCCAAGUGGACGUCCGGGAAAACCUUCGUCACCGGUGACACCCUCACGUUCAACUAUAUCGCCGGAUCACACACCGUAGACCAAGUGAGCGCCACCGACUACAGCGCCUGCUCCGCCAGCAACGCCCUCAGCACCGACAGCAACGGGCAGACGACGGUCACGCUCUCCAAGGCAGGCACGUACUACUUCAUCUGCGGGGUCUCCGGCCACUGCAGCAACGGGAUGAAGGUGGCGGUCCCCGUCACGGCAUCCUCCACCAGCUCGCCCUCCCCUCCAUCCAGCUCCACCACCACCCCGCCCUCCGCCGGCACCACGCCGUCCACCACUACCCCGUCCACCAAUAAAUCCAGCCCCAGAACUGUCUCCCUGCCUUACGUGGUGACGCUAACUGGGCUGAUGCUGCUCAAACUGCUGCUGCUCUAGGCUUGGCCAGGGUGGAGACAGUGCUCUUGCUCAUGAUCCUCUGUUUCUCGUUCAUUCGGUAGUAGAUAAUUUGCACUGUGACUUGGGAGCUUCAUUAUGGUGGUCAUUGUUGUAUCAUCUUGACUCAAAACUCUAUGCGAGUGUAUGUGUGGAGUUGUUCUGUUC